UUUACUACACUGACACAGCAAGACAAUUAGCAUAUUUUGCUUUAUUAUUAUUGAUUUUAUGUUUUGCAAAAGACGGAGCCUUGCCCUGUCAUUGCAUCAAAUCAUCAAAAGCUGCAAUAACCAUGAACCAAGAUGCACAAUUGUCACGGUCCUUCCACAUAAAGCACACGACUUGUACUUUCUGCCGAGAAAGUACAAGCUCUGCUUCGCGUGACGUAACGUAAAGGCGAGCCCGUGUUUUUCCGCAGAGCUGGAGACGUUCACUUUAUGCAAGCCUCCACCUGUCCUGACACCGGUGCACAGUUCAGGAACCAUGUCUGCUGUCUACCUUCUCCUCCUGCUGGUCCCCACAAUCUCGGCUCAGACUUUUCGCUUUGGUGCCUGCCCUACUCCGAAGGUGCAGUCUAACUUCAGCCUUCAGCUGUACCUGGAUAAGUGGUAUGAGAUUGAGAAGCUGCCUGCUUCUUUUGCCAGAGGACAGUGCAUUGAAGCGAAUUAUUCUGUAAGGAAAGAUGGGACCAUCCGAGUGUUGAACUCUCAGGUUGUGGGUGGUAAAAGGGAGUUUUUGGAAGGGACAGCUGUGGUUCCAGACCGACAAGAACCAGCUAAGCUUGGAGUUUCCUUCUCAUAUUUUACACCCUAUGGCCCAUACUGGGUGCUGGAGACAAACUACACCAACUACACCAUUGUGUACUCCUGCACAGACAUUCUGCGCAUAUUCCACGUUUACUACGCCUGGAUUCUCGCACGGUCACCCUCCCUGCCUCCAGAGACGGUGCAUUACGCCAAGCAGUUGCUGACUAAUAAAGGAAUCUAUAUUUCCAAGAUGACUCCCACAUAUCAGAGCUGUGGAAAUAUUUAGGAACUGACAGAGAGGUUCAUUCAUUAAAGAGUUUUUCUGUUUGUAGAAUUAUUUAUCCUACCAGCCAUGAAAUCACAGUACAUCUGUUACAUUGUUUCUUUUUAUUUCAUUUAUUUCUUUGUUUCAUCAUUGUUUUGUCAUUUGAUUACAAAGUGAAUGGAUUAAAGUAAUAUUUUGAGAUAAAGUUCAUUUGAUAAUUAAAACAUUUAUAUAGUACAUAUUCUUGCAAAGAAUUAAAUACUACAUCUGUAAAAAAGUGAUUGUUUUGCAUGCUAAUUAGUCAAUGAAAAUAGCAACAUCCUUUUUAUAUUCUAUCUAUAGUGCAUCUUUUAUUAUUUACAACAAUGAGCAAAUCAAGCUGUUCUUGGUGAUGGAGCAAAAAAGAAACUGUGGAUCUGUUCUACUUAAAUUAGAGCUGUUUUUUUUUUUCAUUUGAACUGGAAAUAAUCCAUUGAACAUACAGUCCUGUCUCACAGUGAUGUAAUAAAUGAUUCUAUGUGCAACUUUAAAUACUGAUGAAAUUAAUCAGAAUUCACUGAUGAGUGGGUGACAACAUCAACACUGUGCAGUGAAAAAGAAGGUGAGAAACUAGGUAGGUAACUAGUCUUCUCAGGAGUGGACAUUGCAGCAAAUUCACUCCAAAGCCAGGCUGUGCAUUGCUCAGAGAAACUGCAAAAAACCCAAGAGCUACUCUUCAAAUUCUACAGGCCUCAUUUAGCGUUAUGGUCCUGGGUCGGUGACCCGGUGUUUUGAGUCUUGUACUUUUGUUUUCUUAGGAUGGUUGUGUUUUGAGUUUUUGGUUUCCUGUCGCCAAAGUGCUUGCUCAUAGGGGGUCAUAUGAUUGU